CAAGACAAGCAAAGCAUACUGCGCAGUGAGCACUACGCAGUACGCGCAGUUCUGCCGAUUCGGCAUUUCAUUUCGGCCAUUCGGCAUCCAAUCCUCCAUUAUCCACAAUUCACAUUACUAUUAUCUACAAUUCACACUUCCCCACACAGCCAAUAUUAAGUUUAUCAGCUCCGAACUGAACACAACCUCUCAGUUGAUUCUCAGGUUUCACGUCUCAGUGCACAUUGAGCUGUUCUUGAGCAUACACUUAGUAUUGCAUAAUUAAAAGUCGCAAUUGUGUAGGGGGUUUAGUUGAAAUAGUGCGAUACUUAGUUGUCCCAAGUGAUUAAUAAAAAUCCACAAGAGAACAAAAGCACCAACAUUCAAGAUGUCUUGUAAUGGAAUGUACGAGCUCAUCGCGCACUCAUAAGGAUUGGAGACGACAAGUUAAAAAAGAACGACGCAGACGCCUGAGACGGCUAGCCGCGCGAGCUAGAGACGGGGAGGCCGAGCGCCUGAAGCAGCGGCUAGAGAACGAUCCGAACUACGCUCGUUGGCAAGAAGAACAGGCCAAGCUCGAAGCCAAGCGAGAAAAACUCGCCGAGGAAGAGCACGUCAGGGCCGAGAAAGCUUGGUUAGACGCCGAGGUUAAGGCACAAAAGGAGUGGCAAGUGCUACAAGCAAAAAGGGCGAAGGCUCGGGAGUUGCAGUUAGAACAAGAAGCCAAAAUUCGUAAAGAAUACGAAGAGAUGCAAGAUACCGCCAGGAAAAAGAAAGAAGCAGAGCGGCGUCGCCGCGAUGAGCAGAAAAAGCUCUUCGACAGAAUGAAAAAGGAGAUCGAUGCCUACAUUGACGACGGCGCCAGGACCCCUAAAGCUCUGAGGACUCUCAAUGAGACUCAGCCGGGCAAAGAGAUCUGUCCCUUCUUCAACAAGACGGGUGCCUGUAGGUACGGCGACAUAUGCUCCAGAAAUCACCAGAGACCUGGUUUGAGCACAGUCAUCCUUGUGCCAAACUUUUACACUCAUUUUUCUCUGGAAAGACACAGAGACGAGUACGAUACCGAUAAUAGAUUGGAGUAUGACCACAGAGAGACCCGCAAUCACUUCCGUGACUUUUAUUUCGAUGUUGCACCAGAGCUUGAGAAGUUUGGUAAAAUCAAGACCUUGCAAUAUUGUAAGAAUACUGAAUCUCAUCUUAGAGGAAACCUUUACGUUGAAUACAUGACCGAGAGAGAAGCUGCAAGUGCUCUGCGUGGCUUGAAGGGCAGAUGGUAUGCAGGGAGACAAUUACACUGUGAGUUUGUCAAUCUAAAGUCCUGGAGAGGUGCCAUUUGCGGGAUGAUGCGUUGCCCCAAGGGAAGUUCGUGCAACUUUUUGCACACUUUUAGAAAUCCCACUGACGACUAUGGAGUUAAAAGUCCACCGCUGUGGCAGAAAAGACAAGAAAUGUUCGAAAAGGGAGGCAGUACUAGAGACAGCUCCUCUCGCAGAGGCAACACCAGCAGCAGAAAAUCAAACUGGGAAGAUAAUGACAAUCAAGAUAGAAGAGACAAAAAUUGGAGAUGGUCAGAAUCUCCAGAGCCCAAUGAUAGAAGAUACGAUAAUAGAGGAAGGCAACAAAAUCAAUUUAAUAACAGGCCUAUGCAACGGAAUAAUUUCCAGCGCAAUAACCAGUUCAACAAUAACAAUCGUAAUUUUGAUAACCGAAGAGACAACCGCAACUUUUACAACAAUGACAAUAGACAAAGGCAAAGGAAUUUCAAUGAUAAUCGAAAUCGGUUUCAGCAAGACGACCGAGAUCGUUACAAUAGACCACAGCAGCAAAGGCGACAAAACUUUGACAGAUUCAGACGGUUCUCUGGCUCAGAUGACGGUGAAGAUUACAAAAUGAAUAAACGUCGCGAGAGGCGCUCCAUGGACCGGAAGAGUAGAUCUCGAUCUCGUUUGCGAUCUCGUUCUCGAUCGGGCAGCCGAUCGCGCUCCCCAUCUAGAUCGCCAUCGCGCUCACGCUCUCGAUCGCGCUCUCGGUCUCGCUCGCCAUCCCAUUCAGGAUCUCGUUCUCGAUCACGCUCUCGCUCGAGGACCCGCUCUCGUAGUAUGAUGAACGAACAGAUGAUUGACAUUGAAGAACUCAGGGGUAAAAAGGGCAGACCUGUGCACUCCGCCAGUAGAUCUCCCUCUCGGGAACGCAAACGCAGACCACCAUCGCCAGAUGCCAAAGACAGAGGACAUGGAAAGGUCAUCAGAAAACCACCGAGUCAGGGCGUUUCUAAAUGGGAUAAUGAAAAACGUGAUUCAAGCCCAAGAUGCCGGGACUCUCGUUCACGUUCACCCUACAGAGGUAGUAAACAGAGUAAAGAUAAUCAGCCCAGUCACCGUCACCAUCCAUCAUCAACUAUACAACAGGCUCCACCGCAACAGUCAUCCAAACACUCGUCAGAUAAACCUAGAUCUAAGGGUCAAAAAGAUUAUGAGUGGGACACGACCGAUUCAGACAAUGAGUGAUUUUUUUGAGCAAUUUUAUAAAUAAUUACACUGUUAGUGUAUGAUAAUGAAUAUAUUCCUCAUUUCAAUUUCGUGACUAUAUGGCUAAGGGUCACCAGGAUACGACGAUUUAAAGAUCAGAUAAUUAGAUUUUAAUCCAUUAUACAUGUAUUGACUUGAUUAAAUAGAUAUUAGAGGUAAUAUUCUGCACUUGCUUUCUUAUGGCACCUGUUUUUAGCAACUUGGCAUUUUCAAAAGUUUGUAAAUUAUACGAGACUCGCUAAACAUUGGGUGCCUUUCAAACACAGAUUACUUUGUCAUUCCAAACAUUGAACAUAGACAUGCUCGCUUUUUUUUAGAUAUUCCAGUACUGUGACUCGCUUCUAUCAAAUCAGACAUAAAUUUCCUUUAGAUUGUCAUGAUUAAUAUUAUAUUUGUGCAUUGCAAACGAAAGUGAAAUUUUUUUGUUUGUGUGCUCAUUUGUAUAUUUUGGCACAAUCAGCUUCAGUUGAUUUAAUAGGUAUUCAAGGCUUAAGCAAGAUUAUAAGGGAAGCAGAAUGUUAAAAAAUAAAUUUAUUUACAUCCAGUAGAUUGUAACCAUCGCGAUGGUUGAACUUGGUGAAUUCUACGUUUAACUAUCAUAAACGUUACUUACUGGUAAAUAAAAAACAAAUGGCACUGUAGCGGUAAAACGAGCAUUUCCGUAGUCUUGGUCCGGUAAUACUUAUUUUAGAGGAAAAGGGACUGUAAGUUCGAGAUUAAACGGGUUUUAUGCGAAGCUUUUACGUCUUAUACCGAGCAUGAUUAUUACGUAAAAAGUAGACCAACUCAGUUAUUUUAUUUAUUCAGUAUAUCAGAUCAUAUGAGCAUUAGAUUAUAUAUUUUUAUAAUAAUUUGAAUUAAAAAUCAGGGAUAUGAGCACAGAUAAUAUUAUGCAGUAUUUGAGUACAGAUCAAGCAUUAGACAUCGCGUAUUUUGUGGAUUAUAGAAAAUUAACAGUAUUCCAGAUUAAAAGUCAUAUUUUUGGUGGAUCUUCUGCUGGAAAGGUAGCAGUUUGGAUUGUAAAUAGUAUCCACGUCUGGUUCAGGUAAAUUUAAUCCUUAUUAGUUCAUGACCAUUAUUUAUAUUCAUUUUCUGUUUAACAACAUGAUUCCAACUUAAUAUUACUUCAAAAAAAAGGCAAUUUUUCGGUCUGGUUUAAUCGAAAUAACUGAGCUUGGCUAAUAAACGAUUUUUUUAUAUUUAAAUACAAUUAGUUAUACGUUGAUCUUGUUCCAUUGCAAGCUUAAACAACCUCAUUAAUAAGUUUAAUUUAAUUUGUAGGAUAUACAAAUUCAGUGAGUUUAAACAUGCAAUGAUUUAUAAAAACUUUUUUAUAUUAUACGAUUUUAAUGAUAAUAUCGCAUAAGUGUAUGAAAGGAGAAUAAUUUUUUUUUUUCACUUAAAUAUAUGAAAAAAAUUAAUUCUCAAUACUACUACGAAACUUUUCUUCAGAGUAAAAAAUAAUCAAGAAAUUUAACAUUUUAAUUGAAUUUAAUUGAGCCAUCAUACACCUAUACUAUGUAUAACUACUUAAAUAAAUAUGUAUAAAUAAUACUUCUACAAUAUAGUAGCAUUGUUAUAUAGAAUUAUGGGAAUUUUUAGUAAGUAUAAAUAGAAUUAUUGUGUCUUAGAUUUUUUUAGUUGUGAGUCUAUGAACGCAAUAAAACUCGUUGAUAUGUGUAUAAUUUUGAUCUAAUUUUCAUUGAAACGCUUUAUUUACCGUUUUACAAACUUACUAGCGUCGUAAAUUAACUCUGUCACAUCAUAUAUUUCACUAUCUCCUUGUCUUUAUUUAUAUACUUGCCAAUACACUGUUUCAAUAUUAAUAUCUAAGGUUUGAAAGAUUAACAAAACUAUUCUUGUACAGAUAAAAGUUAAAUAAAUUUUUUUUAAAGUCGUGAGGAAAA